CGCGCUGUCGGAGGGAGGAUGUACCACUUAUCUCCCGUGGUCACUUGUGAACUCCGCUGACAUGAUCGAGCUGUGCUAACAUAACCAAACACGAACCAUUGUGAAUCUGUGGUAACCAUUACCUACCACCAGAAUGAAGGUUAUCGUGGCAUUAUACGUGCUCGCAAGUGUUUUUGCAGCAUGUUCUCCGACAUUUGUAUACAAUGCUCCCGAAAACUGUGACUGGACAUUGCGCGACGCUCAGAGAGAGGAAGUGUCCCUCUCAUGCAGCCUGAGAACCAUUGGCAGUGACUUUGCCGGCAAUAACUUUACCAUUUCCCAAAGUGAACAUAUAUCUGAACUGGAAAUUCUCUGCAGUGAUGUGUUGUUCUUCCAAUCCUCGCUCCAGCCGCGGAUGUUCCAGCGACUCUACAAUCUCGACACUAUUGCUAUCGAGUAUUGUAAACUGACGAACCUCCCGGCCGGUGCUUUCCUCGGCCUAGAUGCCAUGAAGCGGUUGUCAGUGAGGACCCACAACAGCGACUGGAGUGCCAUGGCUCUGGAACUGGCACCUGACAGCCUGGUCGGGAUGCCACAUCUGGAGCGCCUCGACCUAGGACAGAACAACAUCUGGAACCUGCCCGAGAGAGUGUUUUGUCCUCUGCCAGCACUGCGUCAUCUCAACCUCACCUGGAAUCGUCUUCAAGAUGUGUCCGAGGUCGGGGUCACAGGCAGUUGCGGGGCUCACUUGGUCACCCUUGACCUCUCUGGUAAUGACCUGGUUGUGCUGCCCGAGUCUGGCCUGGCCGGGUUACAGUCACUGCGGGAACUUUACCUGCAGUACAAUGAUGUGUCCAUGCUGGCUGACGGAGCGUUCUUAGGGCUCACCUCACUCAACGUGCUCAACAUCUCUAGCAAUCGUCUGGUGGCGCUUCCGCCGGAGGUGUUCAACGAGACUCUGGGCCUGACGGAGCUGUACAUGCAGAACAACAGUGUGAGUGUGUUAGCCCCGGGACUCUUCGCUGCCCUCAACCAGCUGACAGUCCUGGACAUGUCGCACAACCAGCUCACGUCAGAGUGGGUGACAGCGGACACCUUCCGUGGCCUCCUUAGGUUGAUAGUGCUCAACCUCAGUCACAACCGCCUGGCUCAGGUUACGCUCGACAUGUUCCGCGACCUGUCAACCCUCCAGGUACUCGACCUGAGUCAUAAUGACCUGAUAGUGGUAAGUGACAUGACGUUCUCUCCUCUUGCCAAUCUACAUCGGUUGGACCUGAGCUACAACCUUCUGCUGGCUGUGGAAGCUCGUAGCCUCUCGGGUCUCCACGUGUUGUCUUCUCUCUCCGUCGCCCACAACAAUCUCUCCAGGAUCGCUUCAGAAGCUUUCGACAACUGCACCAGUCUUCGAGACCUCCGUCUUGAGUACAACUUCCUUCAGGAGAUUCCAGAGGCUGUGCGUGAGGCUGUGUCCCUGCGAACUCUCAGGAUCAGCCACAACCAGCUAGUCAGUGUCUCCCAAGAUGACCUUACCAGCCUCUCAGCACUUCGGCACCUUGACCUCUCUAAUAAUCUCCUGAGAGGGUUGUGUAAGAGCUGUUUGGCUGGACUGGAAGACCUUGAAGUGCUGGAUCUCUCCAGUAACGAGCUGGGGUCAGUGCCUCAUGGUGUGUUCGACACUAACACAGGCCUCCAGCUGCUGCGUAUGGACGGUAACAAGAUGAGUGAUAUCAACGGGUUGUUCGCUUCUUUGUCUAACUUACUCUGGCUCAACGUGUCAGACAACAGAAUAACUUGGUUCGAUUACGCUCUCAUUCCUAAUCAGCUUCAGUACCUAGAUCUUCAUAAAAAUAAAAUUGGUGAUUUAGGGAAUUAUUUCAGUCUGGAGAGCAAGUUGCAACUGAGGACCCUUGAUGCGAGUCAUAAUCAGUUAGAAACGCUGACAGGAGUGUCCGUACCAAACAGUGUAGAGCUGCUUUUUGUAAAUAGCAACAGAAUUACACGUAUAGGUGCUGGAACUUUCUCUGAGAAACAUAACCUUUCUAUGGUGGACUUGUACGAUAAUCUCCUUAGUAAACUUGACCUCAAUUCCAUCAACCUUCCCCCUGUACCCGAGGACCGUGACCUUCCCGAGUUCUAUAUCGGCGGUAACCCCAUCUUCUGCGACUGCAAUAUGGAGUGGAUGCACCGCGUCCACCAGAUCAGUGGGCUGAGGCAACACCCGCGCGUCAUGGACCUCGACAAGGUGAUUUGCACGCUCCCUUACCCACGGUCCGAGGAGAACCGAGUCGCAUUCUUGGAGACUCAACCCUCCCAGUUCCUCUGUCCUUACACCUCUCACUGCUUCGCUCUCUGUCAAUGCUGCGACUUCAUUGCUUGCGACUGUCAGAUGACGUGUCCCAAAGGUUGUUCCUGUUAUCACGAUGAGACGUGGGCCACCAACAUUGUCGACUGUUCAUCUAGAAAUCAUCACCAACUCCCAGACGACAUCCCCAUGGACGCCACAGUCGUGUUCAUGGACAACAAUGAGAUGCCAGUCCUCGAUGCUCACCAGCUCAUCGGCCGUAAGAACAUGAUGUCCCUUUAUCUCAACAGUUCUAGGAUUGAAAGGAUCCAGAAUAGAACUUUCCAUGGCCUGUCGUCCCUCAAGCAGCUUCAUCUGCACGACAACAUGUUAGUUGAGCUCGAGGGUUACGAGUUUGAGCAUCUCCAGCACCUUCGCGAGUUAUAUCUUCAAAACAAUCGACUGAAGGUGAUCAAUAAUGCUACUUUCGCUGACUUGAAAGCACUUGAAGUCCUCAGAUUGGACGGGAACUUCUUGUUUGACUUCCCUGUUUGGCACUUGAAGCUCAACAAGGGCUUAAAGGAUGUCAUUCUGGGCGUCAACUUGUGGUCCUGUCAGUGUCAGUAUAUGGUGGACUUCAAGAACUGGCUCAUCCGGGAGACGGACGUGGUCAAGGACGCCAAGACAAUAUAUUGUGUGUCCAAUUCCUCCGGAGAUCCUGGUCCAUAUGUCCUGGAGAGCUCCUACUCCUGUGAAAACUUCGUGGCGACGUCCAUCGUGCAGGAGAAACUUGAGAAUGACUUCUUGCAACCAGUAUUGAUUACGUUAGGCAUCUUCUUUGUGGUUCUGGUGAUUGGUGUGGUGUUCGCAGUGUUCAGGGUGCGUUUGCAAGCCAGCGUGUCGAAAAAAUGUGGCUUGAAGUGCUUCCCUUCACAGCCCACACCAUCCAAAGAGGAUGACAGGAACUUGAUUUAUGACGCCUUCGUCAGUUAUAGUGAAAUGGACGCUCCAUUCGUGACGGAGGUGUUUGCCUCGGAGCUGGAGAACGGUGAUCCCUCAUAUAAACUGUGUCUUGCAUCCAGAGAUUAUCAAACUGUAGGUACAUAUGUGGGCGAUUUUAUUGUUCAUUCGAUAGAGUCAAGUCACAAGAUAAUUCUAGUCCUAACUAAAAAUUUUGUUGAUCACGAUUGGUGUAAAUUCUCAUUCAAGGCGGCCCACUUAGAGGCACUGAAAAGCCUUAAAAAUCGUGUAAUAGUCGUAGUGUGCGGUGAUGUGAACGAGAGUGACAUGGAUUCUGAUCUUGCAGCCAUUGUCAAAAGUGCAACCAAACUGAAGUACGAAGAUAAGUCCUUCUGGAGUAAGCUUCACGCUGCUCUGCCAGGGGGAGCCAACAAGAACCACCAGUGCUACAUCACCGAGACCAACUACAUCAUGAGGAACAGCGUGCCGGUGCUGACGCCGUCUCACACCCUCAACAAACAGGGCCAGCUGGUGCCCAACAUGGUGCUUACUAACACCAUCAAAACCCCAGUGUCUCACUAUCACCAGCAGCACCACUACCACCAGACGCAGCCGUCCAUAAAUAGUGACCCUGGCGAGCUAGACAAGACCUUCGUCAGCGUGGAGACGACCCAGUCCAGCCUCGCCCCAAGUCUUAACCACUCCUACAUGUCCAUCGACUACGCCGCCGCCCGCAACUCUCACAUCUACGCCUCCAUUGACGAGACGACGCCGGCGUUGCCCCCGUCCACGCUGCCAUCGGUGCACAGUCUCCACCAUCACCUCCGUCAGCAGCAACAGCAGCUCGAGCGACGUCAGUAUAUCCCACAGGAGCUGCACUGUAGCAGUCAACAGCGUCGACCUCUCUCUGGCACCACGUUACAAACAUUCGACCAGCCAGCAGUCAGUGCGUCCUAUUUCAUAUAAAUAUGUAUUAAAUGUUUUGUUUUUUGAGUGAGAGAGAAAGAUAAAAGUAUAUAUAUCUAUAACUGUUAAGCGUGCACAGUGAGAAAGGUACAUGUUUAUGUGUGAGAGAGAAGUGAGACACACACCCUCAUGUUGACAGUUGUGUGUGGAGGAGGAGGGAGGGGUGAGGGUGUGGUAGCGUAGGGCGAGAGUCAAGGAGUGUGUCACGUAUAUCUGAGUCUAGUCAACAACACUUUGAGUGAGAGGUGGUCUAGUGCCUUCACAUUACGGCCUUUGUUGUAGCGAUGUGGCUGGUGAUGACGAUACUCCCUUUACCUGUAGCUUGUGUUGCUCCGCUCUUGUUUGCUGUCUCACCUGUACAUAAUGUAUAAACAUGACUUAUAUGUAUAAAUCGUGAUAUCUAUGGCCAAAGUGUGAUAAUUACUAGCUGUUACAUUGAGCUCAACUCAUGAGUCAUAACGGGUAUUUUUAUAAAAUCAAAUAAUUACAAAAAUAAAAUGAUGAUUUGU